UCAACGGAACGGAUCCACGCGCGCCCUUGUGCUUUUGAUCGAUCGUUAAGUAUCUGGAUGGGAUUUUUUAAUUUUUAGACGGAAAAACCGUGAAAAAAUCGUAACCGAAGCUCAAAAAACGGAAAUUUAUUGUGAUAACAGCUAAAAGCUAUUCAAGUGUAUUUUCAAGAGUGAUUUUGUUUAGAAUUGAUUAUAUUUUAGAUUACACCCAGAUACACAUAUAAACACGUUGCAUAUGGACAUUUUAUUACCUACUAAAUAAACACUUCUACAAAGCCUCCACCCCACUUGAACCAUGGAAGGAGCGAGCGGAAGUAGCAAUUCGGAUCCACGGUUCGAGUUUCUCGGAUCGUUUGUCCAGAAAACACUUAAACUGAAGCCGGAAAAAUGGCACCGUUUAGUCACACUAGAGGAGCACAAAAACGUAUUAAAGGAAUUCUUUGACAACCCGUUGUGCUUAGUACUGAUCAUUAUCCUCACACCAUCCGCACAAUUGAUUCCCAUAGUCAGUUUUCCAUUGGCUACAUUGAAGAAUAAGGGCGUAUAUUUUGUCAAAAAGAAUGGCAUCGAGGUGCCGCGGGAUGGUUGCAAGAACAGCCUUGUUGUUGGCGAUCUGGCGCCGCGUACUAUCGAUCAACUCUCAUGUCUGGUGGACGAGAUCUUCGUUCCGCUACUGUCCAACCCGGACAAUCACCAUGGGUGGCCCGAGAUGGUCGCACAGGAUGUGCAGAAACAGGUUCACAGUCUCAAGAGUACCGUUUAUCAAGUUCAGGGUCAAGUUAGUGGACAGACCGUUCUACCAAUGCCCGUCGGGGUUGAUAAAUGUGUGCAGACUGCUAAAGAGCUGGUAGUUAAUGCAGAGUGUUCGAUCAAUCUCUACCUGAAAAGCGCGAUCGAGGGAGUCGUCAUCAAGUGGGCCACCCAGGUGAACGACGUGAUGCUCGAGUCCAGCGCGAACGCUUUCAACGGAGGCCAGAAUCCGGUCCCAACGGCCGAAAUCGCCUUCUGGAACAAUCGCCUCAAGAAUUUGACCUACAUCUACGAACAACUUCGCCACGAGCGGAUUCGUAGUAUGGCACUGAUUCUGGAGUUCACCGAUAGUGCCUAUUAUCCAUGCUUCAAGACACUUUUCAAAAAUGUCGUCACAGCUCUUGCAGAAGCCCGUGACAUCACGCUGUACCUUAACCCUUUAACACGUCACUUUCAGCAGCUGGAAGAUACGGAGUUUUCCGAAUGCAAGGUGCUGCUAAAACCACUGAUGCACGUUGUGUGUCUCAUUUGGUCCAACUCCAUAUACUACUGUCACUCGGCGAAGCUGAUUGUUUUGCUCCGACAGAUUUGUAAUUUGAUCAUACAACAAGCCAAACGCUUCCUGGAUCCGUCAUCGAUCUUCCACAGCGACAUCGACGAGGCCAUGCAGCGGAUAUCGCUAUCGAUUCAAAUUCUCAAGUACUUCCGUACGGUUUAUGAUGAGUACAAAGAUAACAUCGCUCCGUUCUUUAAAGAACGCCCUGUGGUCAACUGGACAUUCCACCCGAACGCCGUUUUCGAACGGUUCAAUGCGUUCCUCGAACGACUGUUCACCAUCCAGUGGUUCUUUAACACGGUGACCGAGUUCCUCAAACUUGAGAAGGUUGAAAUCGGUGGCUUGAAGGGCCGUGCGCUCAGUGCCCGCAUCACUGGCGUAUCGGUCGAGUUCAAUCAGUGCUUUUCGCUGUUUGCCUCAAAAACCUACGAUGUGCUGGACCCGGACGAUCCCACGUUCAAGGAAGACUUCGUCAAGUUUCAGGACCGGAUCCUGGAGCUGGACUUGAAGCUCGCCGCCAUCCUGUGCCAGGCGUUCGAUGAUUGCCACAAUUUGGAAAGCGUUUUCAAGUUGAUCAGCAUCGUCGGAACAGUCCUAGACCGACCAAAAAUAAGAGAAGAAUUCACCGGAAAAUACCGACAAAUAUUGUACAUGAUCGAUGCUGAACUUUCUACUUGCGAAGAUAUCUACGAGAUGCAAAUGGAAUACUACCGCAAGGAGGGGCAUAUCUUCGUAGACCGAAGUGCUCCUCCUGUAACGGCAUGUUUACGCUGGGUUUUGCAACUCACAAACCGUAUCACAAAACCGAUCAAACAGUUCGAAACACUACAACAUCCUGUGGUUCAAUCGGAAGAUGGUACGGCAUUGAUUGUCCGUUACGAUGAAUUGAUUCGAAAACUUAAGGAAUUCGAAAAAUCUAUUUUCGAUGCUUGGGCUGAAACAGUUCAGCCAACCAUCGAAGAACAUCUGGAUACCUCGCUCAUCAUAAGGAAGCGUGGUAACGCCGAACUCGCCUUGAACUUUAGUCCUCAGCUGUUUGCAAUUCUAAGAGAAGUUCACUACUUAUGUUUGAUGGAAAAGGAGAACAUUCCUCAACGUGGACUGGAAUUCUCCGAGAAAAACGAUGUCUAUCGAUCCUACACUCUCAAUCUCGAGAAGACAGUGGAAUGGUAUAAUAAAAUCCGUCGCAACUGCACAGAUGUGGAGCUUACACUGAUCAAGAGUGAAGUGGAGGAGAUCGAUCAACUGCUGGAACGAGCAAUCAACGAACUUACCUGGAACUCGGAAGACGUAACGGAAUACAUGCUGCAGAUUCGAAACCCUGUCGAGCAGCUGCAGAACAGGAUGCAUCAAAUUCAACGAAACUUGAAAGAAAUUCGCACUCUGAUGUGCUCCUGGUCCAAAGCACCACUAUUCGAGCGAAAGGACUCGAAGAAAGAUACCGUCCUGUGCCUUGAAGAGCGUCCGGAUCGGAAAACCAAACGCUACACCGAACUGGAGUCCGCCGCAAUCAAAGUGCACCAAAUGCUUGAAACCAAUAUGCACCUUUUCGGCAUGGCUGAAAGGCAGGACGAUGAAAAUUGGAUUAAAUACGUGAAAUUUGUCGAUAACAUUAUCUAUGAAGAUUUGCUUUUCAUGAUAGGAAUAAGUAUGGGAUAUCUCGUAGAGAACAUGGACCCAAACAACAAUUUAGCACCACUGUUUGAAUCAAGGCUGGAGCUCCUAGAACCAGAACUGGUGUUUGUACCCUCACUAAACCCCACCGAUCCCAAUGGAUUCAACUUUCUACUCGCUGAUUUGGUAAACGACAUCACCCACAUGUCGUCGCUGAUUCCACGACUGCUUAAAACGGCUACUCAGUCCUACGAGGAGCAGAUAAUGAGUAACGCUGAUAUGCAGGAGAUGAAAACUGAAAUUUUACAAGGAGUUGAUCGUGUAAUACAGGAGGCUGCACAGUUUUGCAGAGACUUCGAAAGAUACAGUUACCUUUGGUUAGAGGAUCGUGAAUACAGCAUGGAGAUAUUCCUGGAGUACGGCCGUCAACUUGAAAUGGACGAAUUAGAUCUAAUAAACAACAAAGACCCCGAGGCACCCCAACCUCAACCUCCUGCUAUCGAAGCCUUCCGAGAGCAGAUCGAUCACUACGAAUCUCUAUACCUUGAAAUUGAAAAGAUUGAAUCGUUUCAGAUAUUCAACGCGUGGUUCCAAGUAGACGUAAGACCCUUCCGGCAGUCUCUCUUGAACAUCGUCCGCAAGUGGGGUAACAUGUUCAAGGACCACCUGGUCACCAAUGUCACCUACAGUCUGACAGAUUUGGGCAACUUCAUCCGGAAAGCAGACGAAGGGCUGCUGCAGGUCGUCAAGGAAGGCGACUACGACGGACUGGUCAAGAUUAUGGCUUAUCUCAUGCACGUUAAGGAACGUACGGCCACCACGGACGAAAUGUUCGAACCGAUGAGAGAAACCAUCGAACUACUGAAAUACUACGAUAUGGACAUCCCAGAGGAAGUCAAUGUGUAUCUGCAGGAACUGCCUGAACAAUGGGCCAAUACCAAAAAGAUUGCACUCACUGUUAAGCAACAGGUUGCACCACUGCAAGCAAACGAAGUUGUCGGCAUCCGGAAUCGGAUCGCUGCAUUCGAUGCGCACAUUACUCUGUUCCGGGAUAUUUUUCGUACGUAUGAAUUCUUCAAGUAUGAUCUGGAUCUGCCUUAUCUGCUCAUGAAUCGAAUCAACGGUGAUAUGGAAAGGUUGGAGCGGGAGAUGUCAGAUAUUCAAGAGUCCGGAAGUCUCUUCGAAGUUCCCGUGCCGGAGUUCAAAUUACUGAGACAGUGCCGAAGAGAAAUGAAGAUGCUGAAGCAACUGUGGGACUACGUCUACAUUGUCCGCACCAGUAUCGAGGACUGGAAAACAACUCCAUGGAGAAAGGUGGACGUCGAAAACAUGGAUAUCGAGUGUAAGAAGUUUUCUAAAGAUAUCCGUCUGUUGGAUAAGGAGAUGCGAUCCUGGGACACCUACAUGACGCUGGAGGCAACGGUUAAAAAUAUGCUAACAUCAUUGCGAGCCGUUGGUGAACUGCAAAAUCCGGCCAUCCGUGAGCGUCACUGGAAUCAGCUGAUGUCAUCGACGAAGAGUUUAGCAAAUCUGCCGCCCGAGAUAACAGUCACGUUUAUUAUGGACAAAAAUACAACACUAUCGGACCUGUUGGCGCUGAACCUUCACGAGUGCGAAGAAGAAGUCAAGAACAUAGUCGACAAAGCAGUAAAGGAAAUGUCGAUGGAGAAGAUUCUGCGUGAUCUGAACACAACGUGGUCAGCGAUGGAAUUCGAGAACGAAAUCCACUCUCGAACCGGAUGCUCUUUGUUGAAGGCCUCAGAAGAGCUAAUCGAGACCCUGGAAGAAAACCAGGUCGUAUUGCAGAAUUUGAUGACUUCGAAAUUCGUAGCCCACUUCUUGGAGGAGGUUUCAACCUGGCAGAAGAAACUAACCACAGCAGAUCAGGUCAUUACGGUCUGGUUUGAGGUUCAGCGUACCUGGACUCAUUUGGAGUCCAUUUUCAUGAGUUCCGAGGAUAUUCGAAAGCAACUACCGGUAGAUUCAACUCGCUUCGACAAAAUUGAUACAGACUUCAAAAUUAUGAUGGAAGAAAUGUCCAAAACUUCGAACGUUAUUCACGCUACCAAUCGUGAUGGACUUUGCGAAAAGCUAGACGAACUUCAGGGUGAACUGACCCUUUGCGAGAAGGCACUAGCCGAAUACCUGGAGACCAAACGUCUCUUUUUCCCCCGAUUCUACUUCGUGUCGUCGGCCGAUUUGCUCGAUAUCCUCAGCAACGGAAACCGUCCGGAAAUAGUUUGCAAGCAUCUUACGAAACUGUUCGAUUCGAUUGCAAAACUCAAGUUUCAGCAAGAACCUGAUGGCGUCACUCGCUUCUCAACCGGGAUGAUAGCCAAAGAUACCGAAUACGUCAAGUUUAACGAAUUGUGUCCCUGCACUGGUCCGGUUGAAGUUUGGUUGGAUCAAGUUCAAGCUGCGAUGAGAGCCUCCCUGCGGAACUACAAAGCCGAUGCAGUGGUAGCCUACGAAGAAAAACAGCGUGAGCACUGGUUGUUCGAUUACCCUGCUCAAGUUUCACUCUGCGGUACUCAAAUUUGGUGGUGUACCGAGGUCAACAUCGCAUUUAGUCGACUCGAGGAAGGUUACGAUAAUGCCAUCAAGGACUACUACAAGAAACAGAUUGCUCAACUUAGCACCCUGAUCACACUACUCCUAGGAGAGCUUACAAAGGGAGACAGACAAAAGAUCAUGACGAUCUGUACCAUCGAUGUCCACUCGCGAGACGUCGUCAGUAAACUGAUUCAAUCUAAAGUCGAACUAGGAUCUGCGUUCCAGUGGCAAUCGCAGCUACGUCACCGUUGGGAUGACGGAGAGCGAGAUUGUUUCGCUAACAUUUGUGAUGCGCAAUUCCGCUAUUGUCACGAGUAUCUAGGAAACACUCCACGAUUGGUGAUCACACCACUAACCGAUCGUUGCUACAUUACGCUCACCCAAUCGCUGCAUUUGGUUAUGGGUGGCGGUCCAGCUGGGCCUGCAGGAACGGGAAAAACCGAAACCACCAAAGAUCUUGGACGAGCUCUCGGAAUCAUGGUGUAUGUCUUCAACUGCUCGGAACAGAUGGAUUACAAAUCGUGCGGCAACAUCUACAAAGGUUUAGCCCAAACGGGAGCCUGGGGAUGCUUCGAUGAGUUCAACCGAAUUUCGGUUGAGGUCUUGUCCGUUGUAGCCGUGCAGGUCAAAUCGGUACAGGACGCUAUUCGCGAUAAAAAGGAUACCUUCAAUUUUAUGGGUGAAAUAAUUAAGUGUGUUCCUACAGUUGGAAUUUUUAUCACAAUGAAUCCAGGUUAUGCGGGUCGUACCGAACUACCAGAAAACUUGAAAGCUUUAUUCAGACCAUGCGCCAUGGUGGUUCCAGAUUUCGAGCUGAUAUGUGAAAUCAUGUUGGUGGCCGAAGGUUUCCAGGAUGCGAGGGUUUUAGCACGGAAAUUCAUUACACUCUACACCCUGUGUAAGGAGCUGCUCUCGAAGCAAGAUCACUACGAUUGGGGUUUGAGAGCUAUCAAAUCUGUGCUGGUGGUGGCGGGAUCUUUGAAGCGCGGUGAUCCGGGUCGACCAGAGGAAGAGGUGCUGAUGCGAGCACUUCGUGAUUUCAACAUCCCAAAAAUCGUAACUGAUGACAUGCCCGUGUUUAUGGGUUUGAUCGGUGAUCUUUUCCCUGCCUUGGACGUACCCCGGAAGAGAGACAUGGAAUUUGAGAAGACGGUCAAACAGGCUACCCUCGAUCGAGCGCUACAACCCGAAGAUAACUUCAUUUUGAAAGUGGUUCAACUAGAGGAAUUACUCGAGGUACGACAUUCGGUUUUUAUCGUUGGCAAUGCUGGAACCGGUAAAACCCAAGUUUGGAAGACGCUUUACAAAACAUACCAGAACAUAAAAAAGAAACCGAUCUUCAACGAUUUGAACCCGAAGGCGGUAACCAAUGAUGAAUUGUUCGGAAUUAUCAACCCUGCUACCAGAGAGUGGAAAGACGGUUUGUUCUCUGUGAUCAUGAGGGAUCAAGCAGCGUUGCCUGGAGACAACCCCAAAUGGAUCAUACUCGAUGGCGAUAUCGAUCCGAUGUGGAUCGAAAGUUUGAACACCGUUAUGGAUGACAACAAAGUGCUAACGCUGGCUUCCAAUGAGCGUAUCGCGCUUACGCCUUUAAUGCGACUGAUCUUCGAAAUUUCGAAUCUACGUACCGCGACACCGGCUACGGUAUCGCGGGCUGGUAUUUUGUAUAUUAAUCCACAAGAUUUAGGAUGGAAUCCUUACGUGACGAGUUGGGUCGAAACUCGUACCAUCCCUGCAGAGAAAUCUAACCUCGUAAUCUUGUUCGACAAAUACAUCCCGGCCUGUUUGGACAACAUCCGGUCCCGGUUUAAGAAAAUCACUCCGAUUGCUGAGAUGGCUCACAUACAGAUGCUUUGUCACUUAUUGGAGUGUCUGCUGAUCCCAAUCAACACCCCUGCUGAUUGUCCCAAGGAGUGGCAUGACCUAUAUUUUGUGUUCUCUUGUGUUUGGGCUUUCGGUUCAGCUAUGUUUCAAGAUGCGGCUAUUGACUACCGCGUCGAGUUCAGCAAGUGGUGGAUAAACGAGUUCAAAACCGUUAAAUUCCCGCCCACCGGCACAGUCUUCGACUACUUCAUCGAUACAGAGACCAAGCACUGGACUCCAUGGACGGAGAUCAUACCCAAGUUUGAGAUGGACUGUGACCAGCCGUUACAGGCCGUGCUGGUACAUACUUCUGAGUCCAUUCGCUUGCGGUUUUUCCUGGAUUUGCUGAUGGAACGCGCACAUCCGGUCAUGCUCGUGGGCAUCGCCGGCUGUGGCAAGACAGUUGUUGUCAACGAAAAAUUGUCGAACUUGUCGGAGAACUUUGCCGUCGCAAACAUACCGUUCAACUUCUACACCACUUCAGAAAUGCUUCAAAAAGUUAUGGAGAAACCAUUAGAAAAGAAAGCGGGUCGUAAUUUUGGACCUCCCGGAAGCAAAACACUCAUCUACUUCAUCGACGAUAUGAACAUGCCAGAGGUGGACGCCUACGGAACGGUGCAACCUCAUACACUGAUACGGCAGCACCUCGACUACAGCCACUGGUACGAUCGAAACAAACUCACGCUCAAAGACAUACACAACUGUCAGUACGUGUCGUGUAUGAAUCCCACCUCCGGCAGUUUCACCAUCAACCCCCGACUCCAGCGGCACUUUUCGGUGUUCGCUGUCAGCUUCCCUGGUACUGAGGCGGUUACUACCAUCUAUCAUUCGAUCCUUCUUCAGCACUUUGCGAAUGCUGAACAGAAAUUCAACAUAGCUGUAACUAAAAUCUCGCAAAAUAUUGUCGCCGCUAGUUUGGCUCUGCACUCUAAAGUGGCACAAGUAUUUCUGCCGACGGCCAUCAAGUUCCACUACGUUUUCAACCUGCGCGAUCUGACUAACGUCUUUCAGGGGCUUCUUUUCAGUACCAAUGAUUGCGUUCUGGCUUCGAACGAUUUCAUCCGGCUUUGGCUGCAUGAAACUCAGCGGGUGUACGGCGAUAAGCUGUUGGAUGAUAAGGAUAUCGACAGCUUCACCAAGAUGCAGAACGAUCUGGUUAAGAAAUCCUUUGAGGAAAUCGAUGAAUCGAUCGUGUUCGACAAACCCAAUAUCUAUUGUCACUUUGCCGGUGGCAUUGGUGAACCAAAGUACAUGCCCAUCACUGAUUGGGGAGUGUUGUCGAAGCUGCUACAAGAAGCUAUGACGUCGUACAACGAUUUGAUCGCGGCCAUGAAUCUGGUUCUUUUUGAGGAUGCAAUGAUGCACAUUUGCAGGAUCAAUCGCAUUCUCGAGUCACCAAGAGGAAGUGCUCUGCUGGUAGGUGUCGGAGGCAGCGGUAAACAAUCUUUGAGCAGAUUGGCUGCCUUCAUAUCCAGUUUGGAGGUCGCACAAAUACAGCUUAAGAAAGGUUAUGGCGUUCAGGAUUUGAAGAACGAACUAUCUGGCUUGUAUCUCAAAGCCGGACUAAAGAAUGUCGGAAUCAUGUUUCUCAUGACUGACGCUCAGGUUUCCAACGAAGGCUUCCUGGUUAUUAUCAACGAUCUACUAUCCUCUGGUGAAAUCCCAGACCUCUUCCCCGACGAUGAGGUAGAAAACAUCAUUUCCGGAGUGCGAAACGAAGUAAAAGGUGCCGGUCUAGUCGACACCAGAGAGAACUGUUGGAAGUUCUUCAUCGAUAGAGUACGGCGUCAAUUGAAGGUGGUACUGUGCUUCUCACCUGUUGGCGUCACAUUAAGGGUCCGUUCACGCAAGUUCCCAGCUAUUAUUACUUGCACCCAGAUCAAUUGGUUCCACGAAUGGCCACAAGAAGCUUUGAUGUCCGUGUCGUUGCGUUUCUUACAAGAUUUGACUAUAUUACCAGGUGAUUGCAAGGACUCGAUUGCACGGUUCAUGGCUUAUGUACACACCUCAGUCAACUCAAUGUCAAAGGUGUAUUUGCAGAAUGAACGUCGAUACAAUUACACCACACCGAAAUCGUACCUUGAACAAAUCAAUUUGUAUGACAGACUUCUAAAAGAAAAACACGGUGAGUUGAGGAAAAAAGUCGAACGUCUUGAAAAUGGUCUAGAGAAGCUGAGAUCUACUGCAGAUCAAGUGGCUACGCUGAAACAAAAACUAGCCAUCCAAGAAGUUGAGUUGAAAGAGAAAAAUGAUGCAGCUGAUGCGCUCAUCGAAAUUGUCGGUGUUGAAACCGAAAAGGUCCAAAACGAAAAAGGCAUUGCCGACGAAGAAGAACAAAAAGUAGCUGUUAUAGCACAGGAAGUGGCGAAAAAACAACGAGAUUGUGAGGAAGAUCUCGUUAAAGCAGAACCAGCCCUUAUUGCAGCCCAAGAGGCUUUAAAUACCCUCAACAAGGCCAAUCUGACAGAGUUGAAAUCCUUCGGAUCACCACCAGGCACUGUCACUAACGUGACGGCGGCUGUUAUGGUUCUGCUAGCACCAAACGGAAAGAUACCGAAGGAUCGUAGCUGGAAGGCUGCAAAAAUUGUUAUGGCCAAAGUGGACUCCUUCCUCGAUAUGCUCAUAACCUACGACAAAGAACACAUCCAUCCGGAAAUUAUAAAAGCUAUCCAACCAUACCUGAAAGAUUCUGAAUUUGAUCCCGAUUUCGUACGAUCUAAAUCGGCUGCUGCCGCCGGUCUUUGCGCAUGGGUCAUCAACGUCAUCAAAUUCUUCGACGUGUUCUGCGACGUCGAGCCGAAGAGAAAGGCUCUGGCUGCAGCCAAUGCAGAACUCUGCGCUUCACAGGAUAAACUCGCCAACAUUAAAAGGAAAGUUGCGUCUUUAGAGGAGCAAUUGGCAAGGCUCACAGCGGAUUUUGAAAAGGCUACGGCCGAUAAACUUCGCUGUCAACAGGAAGCUGAUGCUACACAAGCCACAAUUCAGCUUGCGAACCGUUUGGUCGGUGGAUUGGCGAGUGAAAACGUUCGUUGGGCAGAAGCUGUUGCCGAGUUCAUGCAACAAGGAACAACCUUACCGGGGGACAUACUUCUGAUAACCGCCUUCAUAUCCUACGUCGGUUGUUUCACAAAACAAUUCCGCCUAGAUUUGCUCAACAAGAUGUGGCUACCAUUUUUGCGGGCACUCGAACCUGGAAUACCGAUUACCGACAGCCUUGAUCCAUUGAGAUUACUCACCGAUGACACACAGAUUGCAACCUGGCAGAACGAAGGUUUGCCCAGUGAUCGUAUGUCCAUCGAGAACGCUACGAUUCUGUCCAACUCCGAUCGGUGGCCGUUGAUGAUCGACCCGCAGCUACAAGGUAUCAAAUGGAUCAAGCAGAAGUAUGGUGACAGUCUUAAGAUCAUCCGUCUGGGAACCAAAGGUUACCUGGAAACGUUGGAGCUGUCUUUGAAUAAAGGAAACACGGUACUCAUCGAAAAUAUCGGUGAAAACGUGGAUCCCGUCCUCGAUCCUCUUUUGGGUCGAAAUUUGAUCAAGAAGGGAAAAGCUAUAAAAAUAGGAGAUAAAGAGGUUGAAUACAACCCCUCUUUUAGAUUGAUUUUACACACCAAACUUGCUAACCCGCACUACAAACCAGAAAUGCAAGCACAAACAACACUUAUCAAUUUCACUGUUACUCGAGAUGGUCUCGAAGAUCAACUGUUAGCCGAGGUUGUUAAAGCCGAAAGGCCAGAUCUAGAGGAACUAAAAGCUGACCUGACCAAGCAACAGAACGAUUUUAAAAUUAUGUUGAAGAAACUUGAAGACGAUCUCCUAUCUCGUCUUUCAUCGGCUGGAGAGAACAUCCUGGGAGACACAGCACUCGUUGAAAAUCUUGAAACAACCAAGAAAACAGCAGCCGAAAUCGAGCAAAAGGUCUCAGAGGCCAAAAUUACUUCCAAGGAGAUUGACGAAGCGCGAGAGCAUUAUCGACCGGCAGCUGCACGUGCCAGUUUGCUCUACUUUAUCCUGAACGACCUCAACACGAUCAACCCGAUCUAUCAAUUCUCGCUGAAAGCUUUUAGCGUUGUCUUCCAGAACGCAAUUGCCAAAGCGGAUCCAGCUGAAACUGUCCCCUUGAGAAUGAACAAUCUGAUCGAUUGUAUUUCGUUUUCCGUGUUCCAAUACACAACCCGUGGGCUGUUCGAAUGCGACAAACUUAUAUUUAUGUCUCAAAUGGCUUUCCAGAUCCUGUUGAUACGAGAGGAGAUAACGCCCGCCGAGCUAGAUUUCCUUCUGCGUUUCCCCAUAAAACCACACGUGACCUCCCCGGUCGAUUUCCUGAACAAUACCGCCUGGGGUGGCAUCUGUAGUUUGGCAUCCAAAGACGAGUUCCGCAACCUUGAUCGGGACAUCGAGACAUCGUCGAAGCGCUGGAAGAAACUGAUCGAGUCCGAGUGCCCGGAGAAGGAAAAGUUCCCCCAAGAGUGGAAGAACAAGACAGCACUCCAGCGCCUGUGCAUGAUGCGGGCACUGCGGCCAGAUCGCAUGACCUAUGCCAUGACAGACUUCAUCGAAGAAAAGCUCGGCGCAAAGUACGUCGAAAACCGGACGGUGGAAUUUGCCAAAUCAUUCGAAGAAACCAGCCCUUCGACACCCAUCUUCUUCAUCCUAUCGCCGGGUGUCAACCCGUUGAAGGAUGUAGAAGCGCUGGGCAAAAAUCUGGGCUACACACUGGAUAACGGUAAAUUCUAUAACGUUUCUCUGGGUCAGGGUCAGGAGGUAGUCGCGGAAUCGGCCAUGGACAAAGCGGCCAGCUCCGGACAUUGGGUGGUGUUGCAGAAUAUUCACUUGGUUCGUAAAUGGCUGCCAUCGCUGGAGAAAAAGUUAGAAUUCUACGCCGAAGGUUCGCACGAAAACUAUCGGGUGUUUAUGAGUGCUGAACCGGCGGCAACUGCUGCAGCCCAUAUUAUACCUCAAGGUAUACUGGAGUCAUCGAUUAAGAUCACCAACGAACCACCCACAGGAAUGCAGGCAAACAUUCACAAGGCCUUGGACAACUUUACCCAAGAAACGUUGGAAAUGUGUGGUAAAGAAGCAGAGUUCAAGGUCAUACUUUUUUCACUUUGCUACUUCCAUGCCGUCGUUGCCGAGAGGCGUAAAUUUGGACCCCAAGGAUGGAACAAAACCUAUCCCUUCAACGUCGGUGACCUUAAUAUAUCUGUAUCAGUCCUGUAUAAUUACCUAGAGGCAAACACCAAGGUGCCCUGGGAAGAUCUGCGCUAUUUGUUCGGAGAAAUUAUGUACGGUGGUCACAUCACAGAUGAUUGGGACCGCCGAACUUGCAUUACGUAUCUGGAAGAGUUGAUGCAACCAGAUUUGGUAGAUGGUGAACUCUUCCUCGCCCCUGGAUUCGCCGCUCCCCCGAAUACUGACUAUGUAGGGUAUCACACCUACAUAGAUGAUGCAAUGCCUCCAGAAUCUCCGUACCUGUACGGACUGCAUCCGAACGCGGAAAUCGGUUUCCUCACGACGACCUCUGAAAAUCUCUUUAGAACUGUAUUUGAGAUGCAACCACGUGACGCUGGUUCCGGAUCCGGCACCACCGUAACCCGCGAGGACAAGGUCAAACAGAUACUGGACGAAAUUAUGGAAAAAUUACCGGAAGAAUUCAAUAUGCCCGAAAUUAUGGGCAAGGUCGAAGAACGGACGCCUUACGUGGUUGUAGCGUUCCAAGAAUGCGAACGAAUGAACUACCUGACGGGUGAAAUGAAGAGGAGUCUGAGGGAAUUGGAUCUUGGUAUGAAGGGCGAGCUGACGAUCACCUCCGACAUGGAAGAGUUGGAGAAUUCGCUCUUCCUAGAUCAAGUCCCAGUGAUUUGGGCUGCAAGAGCUUAUCCUUCGCUACUGGGUCUGAACGCGUGGUUCGUCGAUCUGUUGCUGCGGCUGAGGGAGCUGGAAACGUGGUCCGCUGAUUUCGUUCUUCCCAUCUCCGUUUGGCUGGCCGGAUUUUUCAAUCCCCAGUCACUGCUGACGGCCAUCAUGCAGUCGACGGCCCGCAAGAAUGAACUUCCGCUUGACAAAAUGUGUCUCCACUGUGACGUUACCAAAAAGCAGAAGGACGACUUCACGGCUGGUCCAAGAGAGGGAGCUUACGUUCACGGAAUCUUUAUGGAAGGAGCCCGCUGGGAUACUCAGCAAGGUGUUAUCAUGGAAUCCAAGCUUAAAGAACUUUACCCUCUGAUGCCGGUUAUCAACAUUAGAGCACUUACCCAAGAUAAACAAGAUUUAAGGAACAUGUACGAGUGCCCGGUUUACAAAACGAGAACCCGAGGACCAACCUACAUAUGGACUUUCAACUUGAAGACCAAAGACAAACCAGCCAAAUGGACUUUAGCUGGUGUUGCGCUUUUGAUGCAAGUCUAAGUUUUACACCUUUAAAAAAAAUUAUUUUACUAUCUAAAAGAUGUUUUUCAUAGAAAAAAAAUAGAUUGCUUGUUGAGUUAUGAGUGAGAAAAUUAUAUGAAAAUUAACAAAAAAAAAAAGGAUUUAAUCAAGUGUUUUAAGUUUAUAUGAUCGAAUAUUUAGUAAAACUAUCAUUAUUGUAAAAUAGUUUGGUACUCCCAAGAAAAGUACAAAUAUUUAUCGUAGUCGUUGAGUAGCUUCAAGCAAGCCAAGUUUAAUUGCCCAUCUAAACAAUCAUCUCAGAAAUAAAAAGAUUGCACGCAUUCAGCACUGCAGCAACAC